GUCAUUGUUCUCGCGCGGGCGGGAGUAGCGGGUGCCGGUGACCUCCGCCGUCCCGGGCUGGGCGUCCAGAUAUUUCUCUUGGCCUUGGAAAGUGAAGAAGAGGCUUUUCAAAGUACAGAUUAAAUGGGGCUUGAUCUGUGCUGGGCAACCUCUAGCUAUUGGCCCUCCCUGGCUGAGAAGAGAGGUGCCUGCAGGAUUGAGAGCUACCAUGGCCCUAGCUCCCUGGGGCCCCAUAAAGGUGAAAAAAGAAGAGGAAGAGGAUGAACCUACCCUAAGUCAGGCAGCCAGCAAACAUGUGUGGGUCCCCGGGGCUGGCCCUCAGAUAGACCUGAAUACAUCAGAAGAAGAGCAAAAGGUUCAGAACACCUUCUGGAACAUGGCAGUAGUCCUAACGACAACACAGGAGGCGCCUGGCAAUUGUUCCUGGCCGGGGGCCCUGGCGAAGAGCGAGCUGCUGGAGUCUCACAGGAACCUGACUUCUCUAGAUGCUGAAACCAAGGCCCUACAGUUGCUCGUUCCAAAACCUGAGCCAUAUCAUGAAGUCGAAAACCACCCCAUCCUACCAGGAAGAAAUCAGAAAGCUGGCCCUCAGGGGCCGGAGUUAGAAGAAAUCUGUGAGAAUGGAACCAUGCUAAAGAGGCAGAGAAGAAAGAGGGAGAAGAAAGAUUUCCGAAAAGUAACCAUACAAGACUAUCACUUUUCUGGAAGUUUUAAAGAAGAAGAAGGCCAGAAACAUAAGAAAUCGAAGGGGAACAAUAGUCUCAGUUCUGGCGCUGUGAAAAAUAAAAAAAUACAGCCCGGGUUAAAGCCUUUCACUUGCAGUGUGUGUGGCAAAAGCUUUAGUCAGAGUGCCAAUCUUGUUGUGCACCAGAGAAUCCACACGGGCGAGAAACCCUUCGAGUGUCACGCGUGUGGCAAGGCCUUCAUCCAGAGUGCAAACCUCGUGGUGCACCAGAGAAUUCACACGGGCCAGAAGCCCUACGUGUGUGCCAAAUGCGGCAAAGCCUUUACGCAGAGCUCAAAUCUGACCGUGCAUCAGAAAAUCCACUCGCUCGAGAAAACCUUUAAGUGCAGCGACUGCGACAAAGCCUUCAGCUACAGCUCCCAGCUCGCCCGCCACCAAAAAGUGCACAUCACGGAGAAAUGCUACGAGUGCAACGAGUGUGGCAAAACCUUCACGCGGAGCUCCAACCUCAUCGUCCACCAGCGGAUCCACACCGGGGAGAAACCUUUCGCGUGCAGUGACUGUGGCAAAGCCUUCACGCAGAGCGCCAACCUCAUCGUGCACCAGCGCAGCCACACGGGCGAGAAGCCGUACGAGUGUAAGGAGUGUGGCAAAGCCUUCAGUUGUUUCUCCCACCUGAUCGUGCAUCAGAGGAUACACACCGCCGAGAAGCCGUACGACUGCAGCGAGUGUGGGAAGGCCUUCAGCCAGCUGUCGUGUCUGAUCGUCCACCAGAGGAUCCACAGCGGAGACCUGCCUUACGUGUGCGGCCAGUGUGGGAAAGCCUUCACCUGCAGCUCCUACCUGCUCAUCCACCAGCGGAUUCACAACGGGGAGAAGCCUUACACGUGCCACGAGUGUGGGAAGGCCUUCAGGCAGAGAUCCAGCCUCACGGUGCACCAGCGAACUCACACCGGCGAGAAACCCUAUGAGUGUGCCAAGUGUGGUGCGGCCUUCAUUUCGAACUCGCACCUCAUGCGACACCACAGGACCCAUCUUGUAGAAUAACAAGGAAAGGGACAAGGACCGAGCCUCUUCUCUCCCUAACGUGAAGCACUUGUGUUGUUGGGUUUUUAUUCCCCUUUCUCCUUUUGAGUUAGUUUAUAGGAAGGCAGGAUGGCCAGCGACUGGUGGCUCACACCUGUCAUCCUAGCUCAUCCAGG